ACGCAGCCGCUGUUUUGACUCUGCGCUCGGACCCCACAGCAGUCAGGGAGUCGCUGUGAUACAAACCACCGACGGGACGAGCAUGUCGGGACCCACCUGCCUCUCACAGCCUGUUUUGGGACCCCACCGCCGGGAGCCGCGCUCGGUGUCUCUGCUGUGACGAACAAUGGAUCCAUUCAAACCUUUCCAGUGCGACUUUCGACCGUAAUCAUCCGGAUAGAUAUCAUGACUGCACGGCGUUGCAGCGCUCAACUUUGCCGAUUCAACACAGCGACGGUGAGGCGUUAGUUUACAAACCCAUACCACCGCGGCCACACGGGGUGGUAACGCCACGUAUGACGAUAUCUGGGAGUAAAACAUUUGGGGGAUGACUUGGCUCUCUGUCACAGGAGCUAUGUGCACCACGGAGGGUUUUCUGUGUGUGUAAUUAGCGAUGAUUAACUCGAUGCCAAGAGAGUAACGCUAGCUUGUCAACGGGAAACGGCGCAGCACGGAGAAAUACUGAGUUUGUCUACAAUAAUGUGUGUGUGACGGCUUCCACGACAUAAAUCCGACGAGAGGGGCCGCGUUUGUUUAAGACAGAGGUUAUACUCGCUUUCUUUAAUUUCUGCACUUUUCGACCGAGUGGCCAUGGAGGAGGAGAGGGAGAUCUCCGACAUGGAGCAAUCCCAGCCGGACUCUGCCACGGUGGAAAACGGAGUCAUGCUGGUGGUCAAUCACAGUCACAUCAGGCCCCCCUUCAGCGUCGUCCUGGCCACGGUGCUGUACUGUGCCGAGUUUGUCUGCGCCUUGGUGCUCUGCAGAAAGUACCACGACACCGGCGAUACCAUCUGGAUGAGCUUCACCAUUGUUUUCGUACUGGUGCCGGCUGUGCUGAUCCAGUUGACGCUGACUUUCAUUCAUAGAGACUUGGGAAGAGACCGGCCUCUGGUCCUCUUCCUGCACCUGCUGCUCCUUGGCCCUCUUAUUAGGUGUUUUGAGGCACUGGUGGUCUAUUUCAAAGCAGGUAGAAAGGAGGAGCCUUACGUUACCAUUUCGAGGAAGAUUAGCCUGAAGAAGGGGCAGGGGAUACCUACGGAGUGGGAGAUUGGCCACUCAGAGCGCAAGCUGGCUGCUCACAGGAACGCCUUUAAACGCACCGCAGUGAUCCAGGCCUUUCUGGGCUCCACGCCUCAGCUCACGCUACAGCUGUAUGCCACCAUCCAGGAGAAAUAUGUGUUCAGCAAUAGAUUAAUUCUGAUGAUCAUCACCCUGAUCUCCAUCACAUAUGGCGCUCUGGUCUGCAGCGUUCUGGCCAUCCAGAUCAGAUAUGACGACUACAAGGUGCGGUUGCGCCCGGCAGCCUACUUCUGCAUGAUCGUGUGGAGAGGGCUGGAGAUAGCCACCCGCGUCACUGCUCUUGUCCUCUUCAGCACGGCACUCACCUACUAUGUGAUCCCUGUCGGCCUGGGUAACCUGCUGUUCUUCUUCUUCCUCCCCUGGGGUGAGUUCUGGGCCAAGAAGGGCUCGCUGCCCGAGAACAUUGAAAAAAACUUCUCCAAGCUGGGCACCACGGUGGUGCUGUGCAUGUUCACCCUCCUCUACGCCUGCAUCAACAUCUUCUGCUGGUCGGCGGUGCAGCUGGACCUCACCCAUCGAGAACUCAUAGAAAAGAAGCAGCGCUGGGACCGCCUGGCUACCUAUUACUGUGGCCGCUUUGUUGAAAAUUUCCUCCUCAUCACACUGUGGUACUUCUACAAAUCAGACUUCUAUGAAUAUGUGUGUGCCCCGCUGCUUGUGGUCCAGCUGCUGAUCUGUUACAGCCUGGCCGUGCUCUUUAUGCUGCUCUUCUACCAGUUCUGCCACCCCUGCAGACGCCUCUUCAGGUACAAUGUCCACGACUGCCUGCACUGUGUCUGCUGCCGAAAGGGGAAGGAAAGAGACAGGAGGCGGCGGGGGGAGCUGCCGCCCUCCUACUCCACUGCCGCUACCAUGGUGCUGGUGCCAGAGGAGCAGCUGGAACUGCAGGACACCCAAAAUUCACAACAACCCCCUGACAUCACCAGUCAGCUGGGUGAGCGGGAGACAGCCAUUAUUGAUGAUACUACGGAUGCAGCCUGAGGUGGACUUUGUGGGAAUUGUGUGACUUUUUUUUUUUUUUUUUUUACAUAGUUGCCUCAUGAACUGUAAAGUUCCCAAAUGCACACUGGGAGAGAUGGGAGGGACACAAAGGUGCUUCCACUGCACUACAAAGGACAGGGUUAGCACAGAAAUUAAGAGUUAUUUGGGCUAUUGGAAGAACAAAUGUGCACGCAGUGACCCUUUAUGUGAAUAAGCAAACCCUUGUGUUCGAGGAGAAGCCAUUUUUUUCUCAAGCUUGUUACAAAAAAAUUCACGGUGUCUUUACUGAGGAUGUCACAUACACUUAUGGCACCAGGAGGUCCCAGUAUACCAAAGAAUGUAGCAUGUUGAGAUAUGCAGUGAUGCACAAAGGCUGCCUUGAGAGAGCAGCAGUGGGUCAGGUAGACUGAGCCAGGUGUGUGGGAAACGUGCCAAGUGUCUCCGACCCUAAAGACUGCCCGGGACAUCCCCAGUUUACUUUCUCUCAGGAUGUUCACGUGUUACCCUUUUUCACAUUGCUCACAGCACUGCAAAUAUAUCUGCACCAGGUAAACUGGAGGUGCAACAUAAGGGCAAGAAACGGUCAGAUGAAGCAUUUCUCUUCUUCCUCAUACCCAACCGCUCCCACUGCACCGUUCUGUGAUGAAUGCCUUUUUAUUCACUGAUAAGGUUGCCUUGGUUUUCCUGUUUUGCUGUUUGCAAAAAGUGCUCAAAUGUCUGUAAAAUGAUUCUGCUGCAUAAGAUGACAGAAGAGUCUUAGGGAAUGCCAUUUGUGAACCAAGAAUUUGUGCAAAAUUUAUCAUUACAUUUGACGAUCCAUUAACCAGACUGACACUGCUACUGACACACAGCUCCUAAAAUACUGAGAUGUAUUUACUCUUUGCUCUCGUUUUUUUAUGUGUUGCCUUGAUUCUAUGCAUCAGUGCCUUGACUACUACUUUACUUGAAACUUAAAUAAAAUAAUAAUCUAACGUUA